AUGGCUCGAAAGGGGCAAGUCACGAUUCAAGAGACAGUGGAGACCAACGAGGAAUUCGAGGACACCUUGAAGAAUUAUUACAAUAUACUUAUAUGUUUGGAAGUUUAUUCAGAAUACUGCGGAUAUUGUUUAGCCACCGGAAACGCAAUUAGAAAGGCCAAACUGGAAAUAGGUCAAGACCGUAUCUACAUGGUUAAGGCCGUGGCAGACAAUAUAGAUGUGUUAUCCAGAUUUAAAGAACGGAGUGAACCAAUUUUCCUGUUUAUAUCGAAAGGAAAACUUGUGCGGGCCAUGUUCGGAGCAAACGGUCUGGAGCUCUGUCGCAUUGUAGAAGAGGAACUCGGCUUAAUGCAACGAGAGAUAGAAACCGGCGUUGAGCGACCGAAGCAAGAAAUCAGUGAGCUAUUGCCAGAAGAAGCCGUCAAACUAGAAGAAGACUCCAGAAUGGAGGAGGAGUUCCGAGAAGCACAAGAGAGACUGAGAGUGUUAACUAUCGCAGCAAGGAAGAAGCGUGUGUGUGAGCGACUGGCGGCACAUGUCAGACAUAUGAACUUCAUACUCUACUGGCCGCAUUGUCAUCAGGCACAUUUGGAUUUGUACGAAAAGUGGGAUUUGAUCAAUAUCUCAGUAGCAGCCAAGGAGACAUACCAAAUGACGGAGGAGGCUAUCAAAGAGGCCCUGUACAUGAGUGACGUGGAGCCAAAUGAGGCUUGUCUGCAUGCACUGAUGAAGGGGGAGGCGCUGGUGGUGAUGUUCAAGAUGAUGGAGAGCGAUACAAGGGACUUUGUCAAAUUGAUGCGUCAUACAAUAUACGAAGAGAUUCCCGUACUAAAAGAGGACACACCGCCGGAAAAGCAACUGCCACCAAUACCAGCGUUUGAACGAUACGCUACUAUAAGUAAAAGUGCGAGAGAAGUCAGAAGGGAGCGAUAUGAAAUUAGAAUGCAAAAGCUGCGUGAAGAGAGAGAAGAAAGGGAUCGUUUGGCAGCUGAACAGGCACGUCUAGCAAGAGAAGCAGAGGAAGAGAAACAGAGAAUUGAUAAACAGAGGCAAGAUGAAGAAAGAAUGGCUAGAAUUCAAGCUGGGUUACCAGCCGAACCGGAGCCGGAACCGGCUGAUGAAGGAGAAGAAGUUGAAGGAGAAGAAAGAGAAAAUGCAGAAACUGAAGCUACCGAAACAACCGAAGCUACUGAAUUGGCUGAAGAACCGGAAAAAAUAGAAGAUGAACAAGUAGAGGCGGAAGAGGAGUUUCAUUCAGACGUGUCCAUUGAAGAUGAGGAGUACAUCCCGCCGGGUGGUCUCUUCGUGCCAGGAUUGUACACACCACCUAAUGAUUUGGCCAAAUCUAAUGCAUUGGCUUUCUUUUUUCCCAAGGCUGUGACUCAAAUAACAACAAUAGAGUCUGAACAUUUACCGCAGCACUUGCUGGUGAUGUUCUCCAUCGAUAAACGACAUGAUGUCAAGGAAAUCAUGAGCCAGUUCCCCGGCGAAGUGAUAAACUACGGAAUAUUUGUGGGUGAGGAUCCAACAUCUGCAGAGCAUCUCGCGUACACGAUAAAACAGUACGACAAAAUGUCAAGACAUAGAAGGAACAAAGACCGUCUGGCCCUCAUGGUGUCCCGUAAACGCAGUCUACCAUUACUGCAACUGGCUGUUCUGAACCCCUGCUACAUCAGCAUCGACGUUGAGGCUGGUGAACGUGACUGCCUCUCAAUGUUUCCUGUGGGAUACGGUGAUGAAUAUGAAGAAGAGAAGAGCGUUGAAGAGGAAGAAAUCCAGGAAGUCGUUGCUGAACAGGAGCCGGAACCUGAGGUUAUAGAUGAUGAACGUCUUGCCGACGAAGAAGUCGAAGAAGAUGAAGAUUGA